UUAAAAAUGAUUUCUAGGCAAGAAAGAAGUUGGAUGUACAACCGACGAAAAAAUAGAAAGUUUAGUUUAAGAUUUAUGAGAGGGUUGGAAGAGUUUUUUGAAUUUGCUCGUACACAAAGCAUGAGUUCUGAGAUUAGAUGUCCUUAUAAAAAGUGUAAAAAUUGUUGUUAUAAGGAACCAGAUGAAAUAAGAGAACAUCUAAUGAGAAGGGGGUUUGUUGAAAAUUACUAUGAGUGGGAAUAUCAUCAGAACACAGAGAUAGGAACAACAUCUGAUGUUGUAGCGGAAGUCGGAGAGCAAUCGUCAAACAACCCAAAUCCAUACUCACAGAUGGUGCAUGAUGCAGUAGCUAGUGUGUUUCCAGACAAUUACCAUCACUUUCUUCCCUCACAGUAUAAUGUAACGUCAGUAGAUAAUGAACCACCGGUACACGUUGACGAAUAUCCAAACCCACAGUGUCAACAGUUCUUUGAAAUGUUAAAUUCUGUAAAUAGUCCUUUAUAUGAAGGUUGUAAAAAUCACACCAAGAUGUCUAUUAUUGGUCGACUUACAAACCUCAAGACAGACCAUCGUCUCACUGAGAGGUGUUACGACGAUAUUUGUGGUAUUGUGAAUGAAGUGUUACCAGAAGAGAAUACGAUGGUAAACAACUUCUACGAAACGAAAAAACAAAUAGCUGCCCUUGGAUUACCCGUUGAGAAGAUAGAUUGUUGUCCUAACGGAUGUUUGAUAUAUUGGGGGAAUAAUGCGAAUGCAACUUGCUGUUAUAUUUGUGAAACUUCUAGAUGGAGAAGAAAUAGUAAGGGUGAUAAGGUUUCGCGGAAACAAUUUCAUCAUUUCCCCCUGGGCCCUAAAUUACAAAGAUUGUAUGCUUCAGAGGCAACAGCUAGGCAUAUGAGGUGGCAUGCAGAGCACCGCACCAAGGAUGGAGAGAUGAUACAUCCGUCCGAUGCUGAAGCGUGGUUGACAUUUAAUGACAUGCAUCCAGACUUUGCAUUGGAGACUCGAAACGUGCGGUUGGGUCUGUGUACAGAUGGUUUUAACCCCUUUGGAAGUUAGGGUCAACUAUUCAUCGUGGCCUGUCAUUGUCACACCAUACAAUCUUCCGCAAUGGAUGUGCAUGAAGAAGCCGUAUAUGUUCUUGACCGUGAUUGUCCCUGGGCGGAGUAAUCCAAAGCACAACAUUGACUUAUAUCUUCAACCACUAAUACAAGAGCUGAAUAUGUUGUGGGAGGAGGGUAUUUAUACAUUUGAUGUGUCAAGAAAGGAGAAUUUCCAACUGCGAGCAGCUUUAAUGUGGACGAUCAAUGACUUUCCGGCUUAUUUGAUGUUGUCCGGGUGGAGUACUGCGGGCCGAUAUGCUUGCCCUUACUGCAUGGAUGAUUCACAAGCCUUCUACCUUACGCAUAGCAAGAAGAUGUGUUGGUUUGAUUGUCAUAGAAGGUUUUUAGAUAGAAGUCAUCCCUAUAGGAGAAAUAGAAUAAAUUUCAGAUCAGGCGUUGUUGAGAAAAGGGAUCCGCCUGUUAUUCGGACUGGACAUGAAUUACUUGAUGAGUUAGACCAGUUUGGUUUUUUGAGAGUCUAUGAAGAAGAUGCACCGGAACAUAAUAAAGAGGUUAGUAAGUACUCAGCUGGAUGGAAGAAGAAGAGCGUAUGUUGGGAUUUGCCAUAUUGGAAAACUAACAUCAUUCGACAUAAUUUGGAUGUUAUGCACAUAGAGAAGAAUGUUUUUGAUAACAUUUUCAACACUUUGUUGUGUGUGCCAAGUAAAACAAAGGAUCACAUCAAGGGUAGACACGAUCUGCGUGAACUUGGUAUACGUUCAGAAUUGCAUCCUAUAGGUACGUCUAUUCCUAAAGCUUCCUAUACAUUAAAUGAACAACAGAUACGUGCCUUGCUUCAAUGGUUGAAGAGUAUUAGAUUUCCCGAUGGUUAUGUCUCCAAUAUGGCAAGGAAUAUUGACAUGGCCAAGCAUCAAUUGUUCGGCAUGAAAAGUCACGACUGUCAUGUUUUCAUGCAACGCUUCAUUCCAAUUGCAUUCAGAGAAUUGCUACCGGUAAAGAUUGGGGAAGCUCUUACCGAGUUGAGCUUAUAUUUUCGAAGUUUGACAACCACAAAGCUAUGUGUGGAGGAUUUGAGGAAGAUGGAAGUAGAUAUUCCGGUUAUCAUCUGCAAACUAGAGACUAUAUUUCCGCCUACAUUCUUUGAUAGUAUGGAACACCUUGCUAUCCAUUUGGCAUAUGAGGCUAGGAUUGCAGGACCAGUCCAAUACAGAUGGAUGUAUCCGUUUGAGAGGUAAAUAAAUCAUAUGUAAUUGAUUUUUUCAUU